AACAGCAAGAAGCCGAGUCAUCGCGGACACAAGUCAGAUCUUUCUUAAACGGCGUGCACGUAUUUCGUUUGUUCUUUCACUCACAGUUUCCUUAUUUCGAUUUUCUCGUUUCGUUGUUCGAUCGACUCGUUCGGUUUUUAUCGGGUUUUUAUCGUCUAGCGUAAAAUAUCAAAUUCGAACUCGAGGAAGGGAUUGAGAAAACAGGAUGCCUUUCGCGGAUACCGAAACUAUUAAUGGGUACAAUCAUCAUCCGCAAUUGAAACAAUCUAAAAAUAACCAAUUGUUGCAAACGGUUGAAGAAUCAUCACACAGCACAUAUACGUUCGAGGAUCUGCAAGAAGCGGCACAAUAUUUGCUGGACCGGAUCAAAUUGAAGCCAAAACUUGGAAUCAUAUGCGGUUCUGGAAUGAGAUCAAAUGAGCAAAACGAGUUGUGUCCAGGUUCCCUGGCCGAUUGUCUCGAGAAUAAGCAGUACAUCCCCUAUCAAGAAAUCCCGCAUUUUCCUGUCUCCACCGUGAAGGGUCACCGAGGCCAGAUGGUUUUCGGUUAUUUGAAUUCUGUACCAAUUAUGUGCAUGCAAGGCAGAUUUCACUAUUACGAGGGUUAUCCACUUUGGAAGUGCGCCAUGCCAGUAAGAGUUAUGAAGCUCGUAGGUGUGACUCAUCUGAUCGCGACGAACGCGGCGGGAGGUCUAAAUCCCACAUACAAGGUUGGCGACAUUAUGAUAGUGAAGGAUCACCUGAACAUGAUGGGUUUUGCGGGGAAUAACCCUCUUCAAGGGCCAAACGACGACAGAUUUGGACCGAGGUUUCCGCCAAUGAAUAAAGCUUACAACGCCGAACUCUUAAAGAUCGGUCAACAGGUAGCGAAAGAGAUGGGCAUAAGCGACAUCGUGCACAAAGGUGUAUACGCGUGUAUCGGAGGGCCGAAUUUCGAGACCGUGGCUGAACUGAGGAUGUUAAAAAUGAUCGGCGUCGAUGCUGUAGGAAUGUCUACGGUACACGAAGUGAUCACCGCCAGACACUGUGAUUUGAUCGUGUUCGCCUUCAGCCUGAUCACGAAUCAAUGUACCAUGGAUUACGAUAAGUGCGAGCAAGCGUCUCACGAAGAGGUGAUAGCGGUAGGAAAAGGAAAGCAAACGUUGCUUCAAGAAUAUGUGUCCAAUAUCGUGAUACGUCUGCGAGACAAAUUGAACUUAUAGACGAAAAGAAAAAGAAUGAUUUCUAUAAUUUAUAUAUUUAUUAGAAUAUUUUUUAGAAUGUUUUUAACGAGUCUCUCUUAUUCGUAUUCGUCUUAUUCUAAGAGAAUAAGAAAAGAACGAGGAAAAAGAACGUUUUUGAUAUGCGUGAUAUUUAUCAGACAAAUGCUCGAACGAUUUCUCAAACAAUUGUAAAAAUCCGUUCACGGGAAGUAAAGGUUUUCAUUAGGGAUUUUUAGUUUAAUCAAGUUAGAUAUUACACGUGCAAGUUUUAUCGCGAUUUUUUAUCGUUAAUUACCCACUUGCCUCGAAGAGGAGAUAUUUUCUAAACGAAAUCGAACGCUUUCAUCGAGAUGCACGAUAUCUUGAUAAGCUUGUGAACGUAAUAUGAUAAUUUCGUAUACGAGCAUUGUAUCGAGAUUUUUUUUAGAUAAUUUACGUUUAAAAUAUCGGUUACUGCCCUUAUUUUAUUCUUUGUCGUAACACUACGAAUAAUCGCUGAUUAAGCAAGAGAGAUAAUUAAAUCAGUAUUCGACAGUAUUCGACACCGAAACGAAAAAAGAAUUGGUUUAUCCACGAGGAAAUCAGCUUGUUAUCAGCAUAUUAUUCGAACGUGUUUCAAUGUUUGAUCUCAACAAGCAGAGAAUAAAAAGAUAUACGUAUUUUUUGACAUGCGUAAUUCAAAAUUCGCUUAAAUUAUCCACGACGAGAUCCAUAAAUCGAUCGUCCCUCGAUCUCGAUUGAUUCGUAACACAAGUCUUGAGAGAGAGACCUUCUUUAAAAAGGGGGAACUGUUUAAGAGUUGGAGGGGUUGGUAGAUGCCGCCUCCACCCCUUCUCCAGCACCCUCGUCGAUUUUCCUCCCUCGCUUCGUUACCUUCAUCUCGUUUCCGUGCUCUUCCAUCGCUAAUGCAUCGGUGUUCGGCUUCGAUAAAUCUCGAGCGGCAAAGACCAUACUGCCGCGGCCCUUCUUCUCCCCCCUUCGUUUUCCGCCAUAGUUGCUCCUUUCGUAUUACCUUCCACGAUGAAAUUAUGACAUGACGUCGCGGUGAAAAAGUCACGGUCGAAGAUUCAAUGUCGUCUCGAUCGUCUCCGGAAUUGGAAAGUAUUUGGCUUUUCGAGGAGACGAGAGAAUACGUUCUAGUCGGGUUCUUCUCUCUCUCUCUCUUUCUCUCCUUUCUUCUUAAGAAAAGGAAACGAAAGAUGAAAUUAUUCUUCAGAAUGCCGGUAGAAUGUCGCGCCAUACCACCUUGGCGAAAUGAAAUUACUAUUGCCGAUUUAAUGAAAAAAAGGAAACGACAGAAAUUGUUUAUUUCGUCGUUUAUUUCGCGAUUUCGUAAAAGCUUGUUUAACAGCGGCGUGAUCGAGAUGGGGCACGGUCUGAUAUACAUUUAGCGAAAUUAAUACGUGUAUGAAACGUGUACGAAAUUGAAUAAUUUUAUAGACCGUUCUCCUUCAAUUUCCAUCAAUGAUUUUCCGGUACACGAGAGAUAUCGCCGCGGCGUGUUACAUAUUUUGUGAGAGGAGAUGGGAAAUUAUAAUUGUGCAUGUCUAGGAAGCUUGGCGCGAAACGAGAGGAGAAGUAAUCAAAGAUAUCGAUGGAAAUCUUCUUUCUCGCUUUCUAUUUCCUCUUGUAAUUCGUAACUUUCACAAAUACUCGCAAGGUGUUAUGAGCGAGCCCGUCUAAUUGAACUUUCCUCUUUUGCACGAUCGAAAAUUCGAUUUCGCGAAGUCGUUUACACGAAUCGCUUCUCCCAUUUCUUCUCGUCGUGGUUUUACGGCGUGCGAAACGCGAUAGAACGGAAAGAAAGUAUUCGUUCGAGUAUCGUGCUCGAAUAUUCGCGGUUCGAUUCAUUUGGAAAUCAUAAUUUAGCUCUUCUCGUUCGGCCUCGAUUUCGUUUCUCGAGUAUCAUCUCGACUCACUUCACUCAACGACGAUCUUCGCUCGAAUGGAAGAACGAGGGCGACGGUAACUAAAAAUUUAUACAAACGGAUCGGCACGGUCGGAACAGCAACCUUGAAUUGAAUUUUAAACGGUAAAUCCACGCUUGUGACGGCACGUGCCAUCUUUCGGAAUAGAAUACUUUCCGACCGUCUGCACGAGACUGUUGCAUCCUCUCCGAUUUGAAAGGGAUACAUUCGAGCAUGUUCCGUAUGGUAUUCAAGGAUAGGGGAACGAAGGGCGGAAUAGCUUCGUCUGGUCGUAUAUUUCCACGGUUGUGGAAUAGAAACUGUACGAGGGAUCAGUUAUUGAUAUUUCUGAAACGGCAGAUAAAACUUUUCCCUCUGUCUAGGAAGCUCUCUCGUAUAUCUUUCGUUUACCGAUCUGCCUUUCGAAGAACAGCAAUAUCAUAAUUGAGAUAGGGGAUGAUGUAUUUCGGGUUUAACUUUCGCGUUAUUCCGCUGCGAUAAUGCUGAAAAAAAAAGGAAGUUAACAAAUGGGUAAGGUAAGGUAUGGGUGUUUGCGCGGGCAACGCUUAGAGGGAUAACGUGAAAUGAAAUUCAGAAGAGAAGAAACGUCUUGAUUAUUUCAGAGAGUAAGAUUGAUAAGGUAAUCCCGUUUUGUAUCUUUAUAUAAGUUAUCCUCUUUUUUCUCCCCCCCCUCUCCCAUCACUUUGCUCUUUUUUUUUGUUGCCUGAUUCUUCUAUGAAACGUAAUGUAAUUUUACCGUAAUAUCACGAGAGAGAACAAAAACCUCGUACUUUCUAUGAAUUAAAAUGUAGAGAAAGAGAAUGAACAAAUGAUACGCUUACGCUACGUUAACGAUGCGUCCGUAUUUCUUUUUAUCAGUUCGUUUCAUUAGAUGAAAAGUAGAAUUAUAGAAUAUCGCGGUACAAUAAUGCGUUCCAAAUCUCUUUUUUUUUCUUUCUUUUUCGUUCUUCUUUUUGCGCAAUAUUAAUUUGUUUUCGAGGAAAUUGAAGUGAACGAAUGAAAACUGGAAUCGUCGAAUGUUUAUUAAAAAUAUUUAAGUGUACUCUAAUCCCCGUUAUAUAUAGCGAGAUAAAUUAAAGUAUUCAAUUAAUUGAUCGAUGCAAUAGCAUGAUAUUGUUUAAAGCAUUCUCUUUUCUUUAAUAUAUAUGGAAUAUAUAAUAGAAAAUAAAUCAAGACUCGAAUAUA